CCUGCGUUUCACAGGGUCACACACACUGCAACGAUGGCGAUCGAGGGCGAGACGCCGACGUCGCCGUCCGCCGCCGCCGCCAGCCGCCCGACCAAGAAGCGCGCCGGGUACUACGCCGACCCGACGUCGCCGAUUGCCUCGACGCCGCUGAAGCGCCAGCGCGUCGCCACGCCAGCACCGACAUCGACGACGACCGCCAAGCCCACCGACGACGCCGACACGUGCACGCGCAAGCUCGACUUGGACGACGAUGACGACUCGGACAGCGCGCCCGAGACGAGCGACCUCAACCUCUUUUCGCCAACGCUCAAGGUCGACAAGAAGAGCGUUGCGCCACGCCCGCCGGCGGUCGUCGAGGUCAAGGCCGCCGACGAAGCGCCCGUCGAGGAAGCCACCGACGAUACAGUGGUCGAGCUCGAGUUCAAUCCGUUUUACUUUAUGAAGACGCUGCCGGCGUACGAAGAUGUCCAGGACUUUGUCCGGCCCGUCGCGCUACCAAAAAAAGAUGCAUCGUCGCCCAAAGUCUGCCUCGUCCUCGACCUCGACGAGACGCUCGUGCAUUGCUCGGUCGAUGAUGUGGCCGACGUGGAUCUCAAGUUUCCCAUUGAUUACAAUGGGACCGAAUACACGGUGUCGGUCAAGAAGCGGCCGUACAUGAACGAGUUUCUGGCUCAAGUGUCGGAGUGGUUUGAGGUCGUGGUGUUUACAGCGUCGCAACGCGUGUACGCCGAGACGCUUCUCAACCUCUUGGACCCGUACGGACAGUACAUCAAGCACCGACUGUACCGCGACAACUGCCUCCCCGUUGAAGGCAACUACCUCAAGGACUUGAACGUGCUCGGACGCGACUUGAGUCAAGUGCUUUUGAUCGACAACUCGCCGCAUGCGUUUGGGUAUCAAGUCGACAAUGGCAUCCCGAUCGAAAGUUGGUUCUCGGACGAAGCCGACGACGAGCUCCUCAAGCUGCUGCCGUUCCUCGAGAGCCUCGCGCACGUGGACGACGUGCGGCCGAUCGUCGCGCGGCAGUUCCAGAUCCAGCGACUCAUUGACUCGGCGCAACUCGAGGUCGAUCCCACCACGUAGGUUUUAGUUUCAAAAUUACCACAUAUAUACACUCUACUGCUCGACGU